AGGUACGAAUCGGCUCUCAUGAUUCACCUAAAAGAGCCGAUUCAAAGAUUUGACUCGUUUGUAAACUCAGCGUCCUGUGGUUGUAAACAUGAAUUUCGUGACUGGGACAUGAACCAUGACGUGACUGUUGGGUUUCUGCUUUCGGUUCCAACAUGAACGACAUCAUGGAGGAACAGGAGAAGGAGCAGGAUAGUCUGGUAGCCGGGUCUCCGUCAAUGAGGGGUCGCGGUGGAUUUGGAGGAAUACCGAGCGUGACGCAGGAAUAAACGCUAGAUCGGACAUCAGUCGGUUUCACACCUUCGCGCACACACGAUUACCGGUUCACCUUCAGACAUGUUUUUUUUCGGGAGGUAGGAGGAAAACCGGAGAACCCAGGCAGACCCGAGGAGAACAUGACGACCAGCUGUGCAAAGCAAGAACAUCUGGAAUGUUCCUCACUCUUUCCAUAUGACGCAGGCAGUAGCAGGAGCGUCCGAACGAAGCCGGCUUUGGAUGGAGGAAACCGAGCGGUUGAGAAGAGAGGACCUUAUAUAAUGGCCAAAUCGAUAAACAUGAAACUGCAGAGACCCAGAGAGAUGGCCAGGAGAGUGUUUAAGAAGAAAGGCUUUUCCUCUGGCGGAGCGGUCAUGCAGCAGCCCAGGCAUGCAGCGAAGAAUGUGAAGUUCAAUAAAGGAUACGCAGCACUCAGUCAGAACGCAGAAGAUCCACUAGUGUCUCUGGAUUCGGACAGUGACGUAGAGCUGGAGUAUUCAUCCGGAUAUUCCUCGGCAGAGAUCCAUCCAGAUCUGAGCCGACAGUUGCUGAAAGACGGAUACCGACUGGACGAGAUCCCAGACGACGAGGACCUGGACCUCAUUCCUCCCAAAGCCAUGGGUUCCUCCAUCUGCUGCUGCUCCUCUGAUGGCCCGUCCUGCUGCCUGCAGUGAACUCUACCGCAGCGCUUUUCCUCUCGACAGCACCCGCGCCGCAGGAAGCGAAACCCCCGCCUUUGAAAAGGAAACCGUCGGCGAGGCAAGCGCACGUCCGUGUCGCGGCGCCACCCGACGUUCUCCCGCACCGUGUUCCUGCGGCGAUGUCACUAAUCUCAUCCGCAUCCUGUUUUCUCGACAGACGCCCAGAGACGUCCUUAACUUUGCUGCUUUUUUUUUUUUUAAUUGUUGUUGUAAUGCAGUUUUACAGAAAGGUCACAGCGUGCGAGCGUAGGAAUAGUAUCGAAGCGCAUGUCCGUCUCUCCAUGAUCUCUGUGUACCGCAUCUCUAGCGUAACCAAAUUUCAGUCCUUGUCCGUGUUACCGUACAGAGACAAGACAACCAAGACAACAUUUUACACGAUACGUGCACUUUCCUAGAACACUUUUUAAAAAAAAAAAUUUAUUUAUAAAUGUCGAAAAACUCCAAAUCUGUGUAAUUGAUCGUUUCUGAGACGGGACUGGCGUUUCAGAACUGCCGAAAACGAACGUAGCCCAAAGUAAACACAGAAGUGCCUGGGUUUUGAUUUGUUUAUAAAUCCAACAACUCCCUUUUUAGAUUCCUGUGAUAUGCUUUUCAGCACCAGGAAAUAUCCAGAUGUUACAGAGUUAAGGUAAAAAAAACAAAAAACAAAACUAACCUAUUAGACUAACCUAUCCACCUGAAGUCCAAACCGUCCUCAUGCCAAACUUCAACUGUGGUUAAUUUCAUUCCGGUUUAAUUCCCGUCUAGUUCGGUCCUUAAACCCGUCAGCGCUCUUGCCUCGACUCGAUUUUCAUUUUCGUGUGAAAUAUAAUCUAAGGCUUUGACCCAGCUAACAUUAUUAACUAUAAUGAAAGAAUAGUUGAGGAUGUUUAUUAGGGAUGCACUGAAAUUUUCAGCCAAAAAUAGUCAAAAAAGGAGAACCAGCUGGUGGAUCCGGGUCCGAUCCUCCUCCUCCCCCUCCUCCUCCUAUAAUCCUAUCUCUAAUCCCUGACCCAGACAAUGCUGUUCAACUCAAAACAGCACAUUUAACACAUUAUCCAGCCUGAAAACACUGACUUAUCUCCACGCCCUGGACUAAUAAUUACUUGACGUCCUUAAUCUAAACAAGCCCCUAAUUAGUUCGGUUUGGGAACAGAAGCCCAGGAUGGAGAUCCAGAAUGUCACCAAACAUUUCGGCACAAAAACAUAACACGAGCUUCGUCCUGGAGGACGUAGCGCUAAAAAACAGGCCGACCCAGUAAUCCCUAACGUACCCGCCCGGAGGUAUCUUACGUUUGUUGCGAUUACUGAUGGUUGUUUUGUCUCGUGUGAAGCUGGGGAACAACUUUCCCACUUCCAGCAUGUUCAUCACACACUUGAAGCUUUACAUUAGUAUAGCGACAACUUGACCGACGCUUUAAAGUGCUGCACCGCUCUGACUAACCAGAGAGCCGCCUGGAGAGGGCAGUGUUUACCUGUUUGUUUUCUCUUUAGGUUUUAAUUGCAUUACAUGUUACUGAUAUGUGAGGGGGAAAAAAACAUAAACCAGCUAUCUUUAUAUAUAUAUAUAUAUAUAUAUAUAUAUAUAUAUAUAUAUAUAUAUAUAUAUAUUAUAUAUUUAAACCAUUAGUAUUGUAUUCCGUUUGUUUUGUUGUUUUUUUUGUUUUGUUUUGUUUUUUAACUCUGUUUUAUUCAUUGUGUUUUAAUAGUGGAGAGGUUUGUUUCACCGCUCAUCAUGGAAUUUAAAGGUGAGGUUUGUGCUUUUGGGAUUUUGUUUACAUUUUUCAGACCCAGAAAUUAGCUCCGCCCCCAGUUCAUGAGACAAGUCACGAGGAAUACGUGGAAUUUUUAUUAUUAUUAUUUUAUUAUUUUUUUAAAUAAACAAGGGUUGGUCUUUGUUAAAGAGAGGACAAGAUUCUGAGAUUCACCUCACAGGCAGCAGAGGGCACUACAAAUUGCAAACAGCUCCUUUAAAUCCGUUUGAACCAGUGAUCUGUUGAAUCAGACCUGUUCUUGGACUUCAAUCUACAGAAUUUAUUUCUAGCCUGAGUUUCACACAGCUGAUCUGGAGUCUGUGUGUGUGUGUGUGUGAGUGUGAGUGUGAGUAAUGUUUUCUGAAACAGAUUGACGAUGACCGGUGCUUGUCCGUCCCCGAGUGUUGUAAAGUAGAUGAUUCUGAACAGGAGGCAGAAGCCUGUGAUAUCGAUCCCACUAACGUCACGUACUAACGCCACCGUGUUUCACUCCACUUCAGAUGCUUGGACCCGUGUGUCGCGUCAGGCUCAUGUUUGGGAGGUUUGUGAAGCGCACAGUAAUUAAACGCCACAGUCUGUCUGUCAUCUGCACGUGCAAAUGGUUUAACAACAAAAAAAAGAAAGGCGUUUUUCCGUCAGCCGGCUCACGAAUGAAAAUAAAUAAACAAAUAAGUAAGUAAAUAAUAGCCAGGACGCACAAUCUGCUUGCACUCACGGGUGGACCAACCUGAAUCGGAGGGACGGGCUGGGGGACGUCGGGAUAUCACUCAUCACAUGCUAACGCCACCAUGUUUCAUGCCACUUCAGGUGCUUGGACCCCCUGCGUCGCGUCAGAUUUUCCCUCCGAUAAAAAUCCAGCUUCAGUGAGCUGCACGUUUCAGAAAGUAUUUCAGACUAUAGGAAAAUAAACCAGGACAAGGAGCAGGCUUGUCUCUUAAUUGACCUGUAAGUGACACUCGUUUUUGUUUUCCUUUCACUUUAUACUGGAAAAUAAAAGUAAAAGGAAGAUUUCCUAACGUCCCCUGAGAGGAUAUAAGGGAUUUGUGUUGUGUAGUGUUUUAUGUUUAAUAAAGGAAAUGUAUUAAAUAAAUGUUUGUGUGAGGAAAAUAAGAAAGGCACGUGCUUGAGUAGCUAGCUAUGAUGUUAUUUACCGUGUGUGUGUGUGUGUGUGUGUGGAUAUAACCGUUGCAGUCGGAGCACCGGGUGCACUUUUCCUCUCCUUCACUAUGCAACUAAUCGGACAAUCUUUUAUUCUUCACCCUCGGAGUAGCAAUUAUUCAUCGUUACUCAGUCUCACACGCAAUAACUUCGCUUUGUUUUUGAUGUCAUUGUGGAAAAACACUCAUUUUUUAAAUUUUGAUCUACACGUAAAAAAAACACAACUAUAUAAAGACUUUUGCAACGAUAGUAGAGCGCACCUGUAUAACAUCUGGCUUUUUAUUGUAACUAAAUCGGUAAUCAGUAUUUGAGAUUAAAAUAUGUUUUGAGGUUAUGAGUGAGAGAGUACUUUUCAUUGUGCAACCACUUUCAAGUUCUGUGUUCUGGAAUAAACAUGUCCUUAAAGAAUAAAAAACUUUGGGGGCCGCUGUUGUAGGAAAAUAAUCGACACCCGUGUGUUGCGAUGAAGCCCGGUGACUCGUACCACCCCGAAGCCGAUCGUUUUCAACCGACGGCACACACGGAAGCGCUUGAUUCCUCUUAUACAACCGGAAUACGUCCAUGAUUACAGAUAUGUAUUUAUUAUAUAUGUCCUGCACAGUUUAACUCCUAACCACAAUUAAAUCUGAAACGGCUAGUCAGGGUCUUGCUAAGCAUACCAGAAACUUCCAGGCAGGUGUGGAGACAAGUUGAAGACUUCAACUUCCGGACCGGGUUUGGACAGCCCUGGUAUAGAUGGUUCAGUUAGAAACGCAGGCAUCAAUCAUAUGGUUUAUUUCUUUAUAAUUGCUACAGAUAUCGUCUUGCCGAUGACUUUAUACUGCUUUCUUUGGACACACUUAGUCUAGAAGAUCCAGUAAAGGCCCUCAGAUGAUCAGCAACAUGUAUUCAUCAUCACAAGACCAGUCCAGUCGCUUGGAUCCAUUACCUCUAUCGCUGUGUUAUUACAUUGCACCACUAGGUGGCGGAAGUGAGUUAGAAAUGGUUCCAGGUAUUCAAAGUAUGAUCACUUUUUUAGGCUUAAUCUUCAGUUUUAAGUCUAGUCUCAUUGUUUUUUUUGUUUGUUUUUUUUAAUCUUUCCAGCCUUCUCUCUCCCCCUUCCCUAUUUUAAUCUUUUUAGUUUUAUUUUAGUUUUUAAUUGGAUAUUUAUUCAUCAUAUAAUGUUAUAUUAAAUCUUUUCUUGUAUUAAAUGGUAUAUCGAUUGCCAUUUAUCCUUUAGCUGUUUUGUAUAAUUGUCACUUUGAACUGCUCGUUGUAUGAAAGGUGCUAUAUAAAUAAACACGGUGAUGACGAUGA